ACAAAGCACUGGCUGAAACACACAAAAUAGGGAAUAUUUGAGACAAAAAGGCGCAUUUGUAAUCAUCCUUUUUUGGCUUUAUGUCUUAAGAGAUAACAAUAACGUAGCCCAAUACUCUGUUACCACAUCCCACAAAAUAAACAAUUAUCAAAAUAACUAUUUGCGUAAAAAUACAUGCAACUAGGCCUAAAUGGAAUGUGAUAUGUAAUUAUGAUAUAAAAUAGACGUCUUAAGUUUGUGUUUCAAAUAGUUUUUCAAAAAUUAUAGAAGUGAAGCACCUUGAAGUUAAUCAUUACUGUCAUAGAUUUCAUCUCCGUAGAGUUUAAUUUUGGCUGUUUUAUUGACCAGAGCUGAAUGGAUUUAUUUGCCUCCUUUCAAAAUUGGGGACAGGCAACGCAGACAAAGCAAUCGAUUACUGAUGUGUCACGUGCACUGUGUGACAGCUGGGUAAAUUUUAGUUUUCUCUCGUUGACAUUCUUUCAGCCAAUAGCGCCAAAACAGUUGUACCUCGCAGCCUCUGUAUUUGUAGGUACACACUGGUGGUGUCAAACACCUGUUGCAUGAAUAGUACUGGAUGGCGAGGGACACAAUUAGCCGAAGUGGACAAAAGAACCGGUUUGAGAUCUAUAAUCAUCGCCGGUACACAGACGGCAGGUUGUUUUAUAGUACAGAAUUUUAGAGAAACUAUAGAGUAAAUCAAUGCACGUUGUUAUGUUGAAAGUGUGAAGAUUAUUUCUCCAAUUUAUAUGCUAGUAAAGGCCUUAUUGUGAGAUGGUCUCUCAAUAAAUGGAUCAUGAUCAGAACUUGUUUGGGCGUUGAUUAUUGUGUAGUAAAGAUUCUUGUUAUUAUGUUGUGCAUCGUAUGUUGUCAAUAUAAUUCUAAAAAUGUCUCGUAUAGGCAUAGGCCUACCCAGCCAACACGCAUGCUUGUUUUUUCAUUUAAAAGAUGAUUUUCUGCAUUGUGCAUAGGACCAUUUUAUACAUAGAGAAAACUUCUGUGUGACGAUUAGACGACGCGACGGAAUAUACUUGUUUGAGUGAGGACCAGGCAGAGGUCGAUACCUGUUUGAGAGCUACGACAAGUUCAGAGUUGUGAUCCAACACUGGUUCACUGACUCCAGAACCCACCCAAUUGGUAGCGUAAACCAGUUCUGGGGUCACUGAUUGAGAUCCAGAUCCAUAUAAAGUAAACAGAUUAGAUGACUUUUUCCACACGAAACAACAUGUCACUUUAGAGCGUCAUCUUGUGGAACACGCGCAUCGCACCUCAACAGUGCCAUAUAAGGAAGCAUGCCUCGGCCUCACACCAUCGACAAGGCGAGAGUGAUGCUUCACAUAACAAAAGAUCUAUUACGAUGGCCGAUGUCGCUUCAAGGCCACCAUUGAAAGCCAGUUCGGAGGACGUAAAUAGUAUGCAAGCUUCGCGCCUUGCUGGACUGCGCUUGAGAAGUCGAUGACGCUUCGAAGCCCCCCCCCCGGUAUUCUCCAGAUGUACAGAUUUCCCCCGCCCACGUCAUUGCUAUACAGUCUUUGUUUAAUCAGCGUCCCUGUUGUAUGAAUGACGUCCUCUUGUGGACAGCCGUUGUUUUUACACGCGUCGGGCUUCAGCUGAAGAGGAUCACUUUCGUUUCUGGAGUUGAGUGGAAAACCAUCUGUGCACUUUGUCAGUUGUAACCGGUGGGCAACAAUGGUGACAGUGAAUUUGAAACUCCCAGUAUGGGUGGCCGUUGUGUGCAGUCUUCACGCGAUGAGACAAACUGGUGCCCAGGUGAGCGAAGCAGCUCCCAGGGAACGGAACAUGGAACUCGAAAACAAGACCAGGGAUCUAUUUGAGAGCCUACUGGACGGUUACGACAGAAAAAUUCGGCCGUACUUUGGUACUGGCCGCCCAGUCCGCGUAAAAGUGGAUAUCUACCUGGCUAGCUUUGACAACAUACACGAAGAUCGCAUGGAGUACGGCGUGACGAUCUACCUCCGUCAAAAGUGGCACGAUCCCCGUCUGCACCACUCAGGCGACGUUCCCCUGCCCCCUACGUCCCAUUACGUGGACCACCUGUGGGUGCCAGACCUCAUCAUCAGCAAUGCCAAGCAGGCGGAAUUCAAAGAUGUGACAUUCAUGAACCGCGUGGUGGACAUUGACAAAGACGGAAAUGUUUUAUACGUCUCCAGGUUAGCGUUGCAGCUGUCGUGCUCUAUGGAUUUCCACCGUUUCCCGCUGGAUAGCCAAGGAUGCGAAAUCGAAUUUGAAAGUUUUGAGUACACUACGGAUGACCUGAUCUACCACUGGGACGCGGAGAUGCCUAUUGAAUACCAUCACAAUCACCUCAAACUGCCGCAGUAUAAUCUGGACGGUAGCAACGUGCACGCGUGCUCGCGGGUCCUCCGUACAGGAAACUACUCCUGCAUCGGGAUUAGGCUCAUUUUCAGCCGUAAGAUCGGCUACUACAUGCUGCAGACCUACGUCCCCAGCAUGCUGCUGGUGGUCAUGUCCUGGGUCUCUUUCUGGAUCCAGAUCAAAGGCUCCCCGGCCCGUGUGGCUCUGGGUGUGACCACCGUUCUGACCAUGAUCACCACCACCAACGGGGUGAGACAGAACCUGCCUCCCGUCUCCUACGUCAAGGCCAUCGACGUGUGGUUCGCUUUCUGCUUGGUGUUCGUCAUAGGUGCGCUUAUGGAGUUUGCUCUGGUGCAUUAUCUGGUGGACCAUAAACCCAACAUCAACAUCAAGGAACGCAUCACCUCCCUGAAGAGGAAGCAGUCACAAGAGGGCGCCCGCCCUCCUUCGACAAAACACAAGCAGGACGAAAGAGGCGACAACAGCUGCGUCGUCCUGACGAUAGAGAGCAAGCCCACCGCCGUCAGGCGUCCUGUCACAAGCAACGCACGCAAGGGUGGCAAACCCGGCGGCACAGCGACUCCGGACGAGGUCCUCUCGGUGGACAAGCUGACGGAGUCCGAGCAAGACGAGGCGGUGGAGGGCGGUGUCGCCUACUUGAACCACGCCCACUUCGAGAUGGAGACCAUAGAUGACCAUAACCAAAGACAGGGUGGAUCACCGAUGACAGUCAACGGCCAGGCCCUGAACCCUGCAUCCCGCGUACUGUGCGUCAGUGGCACAUGCGGCGCCAAGCGGAAGCAACCCUACCUGAACACAGGCCAGCGGAUCGACAGCAUCUGCCGCUGGGCCUUCCCCCUGGCCUUUGUCAUCUUCAACUUCGGCUACUGGAUAAGCUACUCACAUGAGCACGAGAAACCUCAGUAUAUCCCAUAAAUGAAGAAGGGCUAUUAAAAAAGUUAAGGUCGGAGUCAGCCCCUUUUGUCAUUACCCCCGAUGGCAAUGAAUAUUUCCGGCUCAGAACCUCGGGAGUUUUCCAGUACUAGCUGUUUUCAGAUCAUUUUAUAAUCAACUUUGUGAAAAUCGGAUGUACCGUUCUCGCAAUAUAUCAACUUCAGAGACAGGUCAGUCAAAACAGUCUUUCCUUAUCUGUGUGCAUGCCCCUGUGCUGACACGCGUGACGUCAUAGUUGGAAAUAACUAUAAUUAGCAAAAGCCAUAACGUCGAAUUCAACAGAAGCUUCGCAGAUUUACUCAUAAACAGUGUCUAUAAAGUAGGCCUUCGCCAAGUUUCAAAGUGAUAAGGUAUAAGAAAGCCAACUCCUUAGUGGGCAUACACCCAGGUUGUUAGGCCUAUAUAUCUGGUCCACCUUCCCGAAAACGGCUCUUCUAUUAUGGUAAAUAAAAGCCAGCAAAUCCUCCCGUUAACCCUAAACCUCUGGGCGGACCCUCAUUUCCACUUCUGGUCAACUUCUUGCCCUAUAGUUGUCAUGCACUCAGCCCUCUCCCUUGCCAUCCAUUAUUUUUUCCUUCGCUUUUUCAUAUGCCUGUUUCUGUCAAGUUUACAACUUGUACACACUCGUAUAAACGCGCAGUCUUCCCCAGUUAUACUUUUCAAAACUGUUCGUUUUAAGGUUAUGGAAUUUAAAAAACUUGAUAAAAUAAAACUACCAAAAAUACUUAGGAACCUGACUUGUAUAUCAGUCACACUUUAUACUGAAGAUUGUGAGAAUGAGUGUCUUCAGUUAUCUUGUUUGUAACUUUUUCACAUCGUAAUUGAGACGUGUAAAUAUAAAGUCUGCACAUAAUAUUAUGUAUGGCACUGCAUAAUUGUAGAUUACGUAUACACAAUGGUUUGUUAUGCUCAGUAUGUUUAUAAUUUUGUCUACAAUACACAGCCUUGUAUCUAAUCCCCCCCCGGUGAAAGAUGCAUGCCAAUUAACCGUCCAUUUUUUUGUCUUUUCUGGGACGUAAGUCAUAUACUUUCGAGUCCGUAUGCAAUGGCAUUGACAGCAGGGGUUAAACAACAGCAACUGUGCGUAGAGCCUGGCCAAAUGAAGAGAUACGCGUUGCCAGGCCGUUUUCAGCAGAAAACGAAAAAGAACCAGCAGCUAUUGCAUUCAAAGACUCACAAAACAAGCAGCUUAGACGAAUUGUAAAUUCAAUCGGGAAAGCUGGGUGUGAAUAAACUUUCCGUUACACUGGAAUUGGAGAAAAUGAAAA